GCACUGCGCUUCUCAUCGGCCGUGCCCAGCUCAAGUGCCGAUCCAACCAAGGCCUUGGCUAGAAUCCUUGUCUUGUUCCUUGGAGUUUUCUCUUAACAUGACCAUGACAGUCCCUUGUUCCUGACACAGUCAGCCCUGCGGUAAGAUACACCUUGGUUGUUAGACACGCCGCUCUGGCCUGUUGACGCACCACCUUUGUUGUGCAGAUACCCUCAGACCAGGGUUCCGAGCGUAAGUCUUGGCACUAAUUCGCUCAUUACUACAAGAUUUUCCUCCUUUUCCUCAAUCAGUUAAACUCACCAAACCUCCUUCAGCGGAAUCCGGCACCUUUCUAUCCAUCUCUGCGCCCGCAACCUGCGGCGAAGCAACCCUUGCUCGACGUGGAAAGCCAGUUUUUGGCAUCAGCAGCGCGACGCAACCAUGUGGCGGCCAGAACUGAACUUUGUCAAGUUGCAUUACUUGUACAUCAUCUUUCUGGGCCUGACGAGCUUCGCGAUUCUGUAUCCAGCGGGCAAUAUCAGUGCUAUCGAUGCCUACUUUAUGGGCGCCAGUGCCUCGACCGUCACUGGGCUAGCGACCCUCGACGUCAAGGAACUGCAAACGUACCAGCAGCUGUACCUGUACUUUGUGCCCAUGUUCUCGAACCUAGUAUUUAUCAACAUUAUCGUUGUCGUUGUACGCCUGUUUUGGUUUAAUCGACACCUUAAGAAGGCUGGUUUCCCAGCACUACCAAGCCCAGCUCGAACGGUUAUCGAGGACACCCUCCCUCGGAUUGGAGAGCGGAGCCGGACGGAGCCUCCGCCGUCAAAAGCACCUCAUCGUCUAGCUCCCCCGCGUGCAGCAGUGGAUGCUGAGAAGCUUGCCGAAGAUGAAGACGAAGAAGAAGGCGAGGAAUCUAGGCGGGCCAACCAACUGGAGCCCAGGAUUACCUUUGACCCUUCUACGGACCAUCAUCCCAGACAUGAGGCGACCCUUUACAUCCCUGGGCCCCACGACGAGAUCGAGACAAUCUACCGAACCCAUUCGACGCCUGGUAGUAACCUCCGUCGCCGUCGCAGUGCUGGUCUCCGAAUGAGUGAAGCCCGCUCUAUGGAGCGCGUCGCAACAGUAGCCUCCUCAAUGUUCGUUAUCGGCGGUGCACGAGAGACUCGGAGAGAGCGUCUAACAACUGCGCCGACCAUGGCUGCAGGAGACUUUCCGCAACUCUCGCGUGAGGUUACUGUUGGUCGUAACUCCAUGUUUCACAACUUGUCGUCUAAGGAUCGCGAGGAGCUGGGCGGUAUCGAGUACCGGAGCUUGAAGCUGCUUUUGAAGAUCAUCUUGAUGUACUUCUUUGGCCUGCACUUUAUCGGAAUGAUCUGCCUUAUUGGCUGGAUUCAGUAUGCCCCUUCGAAAUAUGCCGAGCACAUUGCAGAGAGCGGGCAAAAUAAGAUCUGGUGGGCCAUCUACUCCGCCCAGACUAUGGUCGAUAACUUGGGCUUUACUCUUACCCCUGACUCGAUGAUUUCUUUCAACGAUGCACCAGCUCCAAUGCUCAUCAUGAGUGUCUUGGCCCUCGCCGGUCACACCUUUUACCCCGUUGUCCUCAGGUUCAUCCUCUGGAGCAUCUCGAAGCUUCUACCGGAAGAGUCAUCCCUUCACGAGCCUUUGUCGUUCCUCCUGAACCACCCUCGUCGAUGCUAUACCCUUCUCUUCCCUAGUGGACCAACCUGGGCGCUAUUGGGUGUCUUGGCACUACUCAACAUCGUCGAUAUGCUAUUCAUCAUUCUACUCGACCUCGAUAACGAAGCCGUGUCUACUCUCCCCGGUUGGCCUCGUUUCGCCGCCGCUGUCUUCCAGGCCGUUAGCUCUCGACACACGGGAACCACUAGUUUCAACCUGGCUGCGGUGAACCCCGCUGUACAAAUGAGCCUGUUGGUCAUGAUGUACGUGUCAGUGUACCCAAUCUCUAUCGUCGUUCGAUCUUCGAACACGUACGAGGAGCGUUCGCUCGGACUUUAUGAGCCCAGCAUUCAGCCAGAUGAGCAGAACGGCGGAUCAUACUUUGUCACUCAUUUGAGAAAUCAGCUGAGUUUCGACUUGUGGUACAUUUGCCUGGGACUCUUCUGUGUUUGCAUCGCAGAGUCGAAGAGGAUCAUGAAUGGCAACGAUCCAGCCUUCACAAUGUGGCCUAUUCUUUUCGAAGGUCUAUCGGCAUACUGUAACGUCGGCCUUAGUCUUGGCUAUCCUACGAUCGCAUCAUCAUUCUGUAGCGAGUAUUCGACUUUCAGCAAGCUGGUCAUUUGUGCCAUGAUGAUCCGGGGACGGCACCGCGGCCUUCCAUAUGCCCUGGAUCGAGCCAUUGUUCUACCGGACGAGAAGUCACUUGGCACACAGUUUGUAGAUGAGGAGGACCAUGAUCACCAUGAGUAA